AUGCCUUCCCCAGCGGUAGAGACUUAUGGCCCCAUCUUCGUCGGCUGCGUCCUCAACAUCCUGUUGUAUGGCAUCAUGAUCACACAAACGUUCCUGUACUUCACUGUGUACAAACGUGACAAGCUAUGGAUGAAAUUAUUCGUCGGCCUCCUUUUCUUAUGCGACACACUGAACUGCGCCUUUGACAUCGCGUUUGUGUAUAUGCCUUUGGUGAACGGCUUCGGCGAUAUCAAGAGUUUAAACUAUGCAUCUUGGGUCUUCGGCACAGAUCCUGCGAUGACGGCAUUCAUCGCCAUGUUUGUACAGAUGUUCUUCGCUUGGCGUGUCAAAGUUCUCACUGGUAGUAUCCCUGCCGUACUGUUCAUCAUGUUCUGCUCCUUCUGCCAAUGGUGUGGCGGUCUCGGCACAUCGAUCGCCGUGGGCAUGAUACCGGAGUUUACUCACUUCCAGCAGUUCGAGGUGAUCGUCAUCAUCUGGCUCGCGUUCUCGGCUGUCGCCGACUCCGCGAUCACGACGGCGCUUGUCUGGCACCUGAGAAAGCACAGAACUGGGUUUUCUCAGACUGAUGACAUCGUCAACAAAAUCAUCAGACUGACUGUCCAGACCGGUUUGAUCACCGCUUUAUGUGCCAUUAUUGAUCUUAUCCUUUUCCUCGCUACGCCCGCGGGUUUACACCUGAUUUUCAACUUGCCUCUCUCAAAGCUGUACACGAAUUCGCUGAUGUCAAGUCUCAACUCGCGCGCUGGAUGGAAGUACGGGAAUGUAGGUGCGAGCACUGGCGCGAGCGAGAUCAGCCGAGCGAACAUGAAAGGUCUCAGCAUGCAUGGCGACAUGGGGAAGCGGGGCCAGGAAGUUUUCAUUGACGUCGAGUCCCACGAGAUGAUCGACGUGAUGGAUAAGUCGCCGUUGCCGAGUCCGUCGGAUGCUCUAAAGUCGUAUGCGAUGCCCGUCCGUCAGCCGUCAGAGAAGACAGCCAGAUUCAGCGUGGGAGCUGUCCCUCCGAGGCCAUCCGCCCAAGAGUGAGCGACAUAUUGGCACAGCAACAGCGACGGGCUUCAAAUGACAAGGAACCGGAUGGAAGGAAAGAACAUGUGAUUGCAAGGAUAGUUGGAAACUACGUUGUGUGGAUAUAUGCGUUGAAUCGUGAUGCUCGCAUAGGCGAGUACAUGUUGAUAUCUUUUGGCGAUAUCGUUAGCGACCCCUUGCGUUACUCCGCAAUUUUCUUACGCUCUUCUUUGACUUUCUUCCCCUUGCAAUCAAGUUGGCGGAUGGAUGAAUGAUUUGUACCAUGUUGGGUUGUUGUAUUUGUCACAUUUCUUACCUUUUGGGAACUGGAACUGCGUCACCUUGUAGGGAUACUUGAAUGGUACUACCCUUGAUAGCUGUAGUCGUCAGUAUGUACACUCGUGAGCU